AUUGUCACUCCAAGGCCUCAGCAUCUGUCUGGAUUGGAGAUCAUUCGAGAUCUAUGUGAGGGGAGGCUGGAAGGCGGAGAAAUUGGCUCAACAGAAAUAACUUUCACUCCUGGGAAGAUCAGAGGUGGAACCCACAUAGCAGAUACAAAAACAGCAGGGAGUGUGUGUCUACUGAUGCAGGUAGCAAUGCCCUGUGUGCUGUUUGCUGCUUCCCCAUCAGAACUUCAUUUAAAAGGUGGGACUAAUGCUGAGAUGGCUCCUCAGAUAGACUACACAGUCAUGGUUUUCAAGCCAAUAGUUGAAAAGUUCAAUUUCACAUUCAGUUGUGACAUAAAAAAGAGGGGCUACUAUCCUCAGGGAGGUGGUGAAGUUGUAGUCCAAAUGUCACCAGUCAAAGAGUUGAGCCCAAUAAACUUAACAGAACGUGGCAUGGUGACAAAGAUAUAUGGAAGGGCAUUUGUUGCUGGAGCGCUGCCUAUUAAACUGGCAAAAGACAUGUCAGCAGCGGCAGUGAGGUGCAUCAGAAAAGAAAUCAGAGAUCUUUACAUUAACAUUCAGCCUGUUCGAGAACCUGAUGAUCAAGCCUUUGGGACUGGAAGUGGAAUAAUCAUUGUUGCAGAGACUUCAACAGGUUGUUUGUUAGCUGGGUCAUCACUGGGCAAGAGAGGAAAGAGUUCUGACAAGGUUGGCAUUGAAGCAGCAGAGAUACUGCUUAGGAAUCUUAAACAUGGUGGAACUGUGGAUGAUUCUCUGCAAGACCAACUCAUCAUUUUUAUGGCGCUAGCAAAGGGGGUGUCUAGAGUGAAAAGUGGACCAAUUACGCUUCAUACUCAAACAGCUAUACACUUUGCAGAGCAGCUAACAAAGGCCAAAUUUACUGUGACAAAAUCGGAAGAAGAAGAUCCCAGUAAAGAUACCUACAUCAUUGAGUGCCAAGGAAUGGGAAUGAUAAACCCAAAUUUAUAGGGUUUAAAAAAAAAAAAAAGCAGCAAGUUGAUAAAAGCAAAACUCAACAUACCUCAAUGAUGUACAGCACUACAUUUCAGUGGAUGUAUAAUAUGCAUGUGAACAGGAGGAGCCUUCUGUCACAUCUGAGUGAUUUCACUUCAAGGAUGAUGUCAAGUUUUUCCU